AUCUCGGUUUAAAAUUGUUUCGAAAAUCAAUUUAAAAUGGAGAAAAUUUUAACAAUAAUAGUUUUUUCUUUAAUUGUCAACUACUCCCUUGCAGCUGACAAUUUGGAAAAUACGUUAAACCACUGUUGUAACAUAGGAAAAUCAUGGAGCACGGACAAAAAAUCUUGCAAUAUUACCUUGUCAUUUCCUAUGUUCAGUGUCGCUUCUGAACACAAUGACAUGUGUUUAAAUACAGUUGGAGCUUGUUGUUUGGACUCAUUAAGAGAAAUGCGAUGUAAUGAAGGCAAACAGAUGGCGUUAGAAAAUAAAACGUGCAAUGAAAAAACUCAAAAAGGAAAAAAUCAAGUAGAUUCCAUGAUGUGUUGUGAAAUAUGCAAAAUUGGAAUUACUGUUGGUACAACAAAAACGAUAUGUGGGCCAACGCCAAUAUUGUUCGGCAAUCAUCAAUGGGGUGAAGUAUAUCAGUCAUGCUGCAGUGCUCCUAAAGCAAAAUUAAUUCCGACAGAAAUUAUAGAAAACUAUAACAUCGCUGGCGUAAAUCAAUGCAACGACGGGACACAUAAUUGCGCACCAAAGGACAAGUGUGUCAGUACACCGCACGGAUUUGAAUGUCGUCCUCGUAAAUUGCCGAUCCCGUUGUCAAUAUCUCCUGAAAAUUUGAUCCGGCCUAGAAAGAAACCGAACUGCGAAGCCGGACACACCUACGACUUUACUGAGCAAAGGUGUAAAGAUAUCGACGAAUGUAUACAACAGCCAUGUGAUAUCAACGAACAGUGUCAAAAUACAAUUGGCAGUUUUAAAUGUUUUUGUAAAAAUGGUUUUCAAUUAGACAACGUAACCAACGCUUGCACAGAUAUCAACGAGUGUCAGUUGAAUUUGCACACGUGUCAAGAAUUUCAACGAUGUGACAACACGGUCGGUUCGUAUCAAUGCGUCCGUUUCACCGGAUGUGGAACAGGGUACACGCUCGACGUCGAAUCCUCUUUGUGCAAAGACGACGAUGAAUGCGCGCUAAAGACCGACACUUGCAGCGAUUUGGGCCCCGAAUGGGUGUGCAGAAACACAGUGGGGUCGUUUCGGUGCGAGGAGAAAAAACGGUGCACAGGACCCGAUUGCGGGGCCCGAAACGGUACCAAUCAGACGGCCGUGAAAUGCCUUCGCGGUUACGAAGUGGACCCCAACAACAAAUGCAUAGACAUCAACGAGUGCAGAUCACCCACGCGGUGUUCAAAGAACGAAGUGUGCCACAACACGAACGGAAGCUAUUAUUGUCUGCCUAAGUCGAAGCAAUUCCCGCGGUAAACACCGAAACGAAAAACAGAUUUGCGAUUAUAGGUUUUUUUUCUCUCUCUUUUUUUUAAACCGAUUCAUACGUUUGCGCUAUACGUCAUACAAUCAUGACUCAUUCGGUUCGUGUUUUCCAACACGUAGCGUUGUAUUUAAACGUAUUUUAACCUGGUAAUAUUUAUUUCAAUAGAAUAUGAUUUUUCAUCUAUUAUUUAUUAAUUAUACGUAGAUUUUGCGUCGUUCCUUUUUUUAUUGAAUUAAAUUUUAGAGUUAUGUAUUGUCUUACACGAAAAUACCAAUAUUUUUGAUGGAAAGAAUCGAUAUAUGCUGUGACGUUGUAUACUUAAGUAUUUAUCUCUGAAAUCGAUAAAAAACAUGCAUUAUCUAAAGCUUACUACUGCUUUAGUGAUAUCGGUGUAAUAUAUGUGUUGUAUAAUUUAA